AUGUUUCCUUUUUUUAACUUUUCUUUCUUUCUUUCUUUCUUUCUUUCUUUCUUUCUUUCUUUCUUUCUUUCACCGUCUAUUCUUUUUUUUGUCUUCUUCUUUAUCCCUUUCUCUUCAUUUUCUUUCUCUCUUUUUUCCAUUUUUCCCGUUUCUCCUCUUUUCCUUUCAUCUUUUUCCUUUUCUUUCAUCGUCUUCUUUUUCCCCUUGUUUACCUCCUUUUUCUUUCUUUCUUUCUUUCUUUCUUUUAUACCGUCUGUUCUUUUUAGUCCUCUUCUUUUUUCCAUUUCAUUUUUUCGUCUUUUAUCUAUUCACUGUUUCCCUUUAUCGUCUUUUCCAGUCUCAAGACAGCUGCUGGAUGGCUUUGAUGCCAGUGCCAAUUUCAAGAGGCGAAAGUCAAGAGGGAAAUUUUCACUCCCACUUUGUUGCAUUUCUUUCUUUUCGCUUUCUCACUCUCCUUUUCUACUUAUCCUUUCUUUCUUUCCUUCUUUUAUACGUUCACCAAUUCUUUCUUUCAUACAUUUGCCUUGUUACUUUCUUUCGUUUUAUCAUAAUGGUCGCUUAUCUUUUUUUUGUUUCUUUCUUUUAGUUCGACAAUUCUUUCUUUAUAUAUUUGCCUUGGUCUUUUCUUUCUUUUAUCAUGAUUUUCACACUUCUUUCUUUCUUUUUUUCUAUUUUCCUUUCAUUCUUUUUCGUUUUCUUCCUGUGUUUAUCAGUUCUUUCUUUCUUAACAUUUUCCUUUUUCAUUUCUUUCGUUUUAUCAUAAUAUUCGAUUUUCUUUCUUUCUUUUAUACAUUAACUAAUUUUUCAUUCGUGCAUGUUCUCUUUUUAUCAUAG